AGCUGCUGGAGCCGGGCAGCGGCGAUGUGGAGCGCGGGCCGCCGCGGGGCUGCCGGACCGGCGCUGCUCGGGCUGCUGCUGGCGCUGUUGGUGCCGGACGCUGGCGCCGCCAAGGCCGGCGUGGGGCUUGUGACCUGCGGGUCGGUGCUGAAGCUGCUCAACACGCACCACAGGGUGCGGCUGCACUCGCACGACAUCAAAUACGGAUCCGGCAGCGGCCAACAGUCGGUGACCGGCGUGGAGGCGUCGGACGACGCCAAUAGCUACUGGCGGAUCCGCGGCGGCUCGGAGGGCGGGUGCCCGCGCGGGUCCCCAGUGCGCUGUGGGCAGGCGGUGCGGCUCACGCACGUGCUCACCGGCAAGAACCUGCAUACUCACCACUUCCCGUCGCCACUGUCCGACAACCAGGAGGUGAGUGCCUUUGGGGAAGACGGUGAGGGUGACGACCUGGACCUGUGGGCAGUGCGCUGCUCCGGGCAGCACUGGGAACGUGAGGCUACUGUACGCUUCCAGCAUGUGGGCACCUCUGUGUUCUUGUCGGUUACGGGUGAGCAGUAUGGGAGCCCCAUCCGUGGGCAGCAUGAGGUGCACGGCAUGCCCAGUGCCAACACGCACAAUACGUGGAAGGCCAUGGAAGGCAUCUUCAUCAAGCCCAGCGUGGAGCCCUCUGCAGAUCACGAUGAACUCUGAGUG